AUGUAAACAGACUCGGUACCAGUACCUCUCUAGCAACAGGUAGUGAUAGGGCGUUGUCUGUAUAUCGUGCUGUCUGUAUAUCUGCCUCAACGGAAUUCUUCUCUUUUGGGAUAAUUUGUUCCAGAAAUAGUAUCCACAGAGCCGAGCAUGUCUGCAGAGAGAAAAAUCUACGACCUGGUGGUGGUGGGUGCGGGUAUGAUGGGUUCCGCUGCCGCCCGCCAUGCGUCGCUCAUUCCCGCCAUUUCCGUGUGUCUCGUCGGACCCGAGGAACCCAAGGAGCGCGAGGGCCGAGAUAUCUUCGGGUGCUGGUUCGAUGAGGGACGUGUCUACCGCCGCGUCGCCGAACUGCACACCUGGUCCGUCCUGGCGACAGAGUCCGUGGCCAGGUACUCGAGGCUGGAGGAGGAGACCGGUAUCAAAUUCCACACCGAGGUUGGCUACCUGCACGCGACGCCAGACACUCAGGAGUUCGAGGAGUUGAUGGCAGUUUCCCGCCGCCAUGAGCUGGAGGCGGAGGACGUCACGGCCUCUUGGAGGACGCGGUUUCCUUAUCUCAACUUUGGCGAGGAUUGCCGGGUCUUCUUGGAGAAAAAUGCUGGACACCUCAGCCCGCGCGACCUGGUCAGAGCUCAGCAGACGGCCGCCAGUCAGCGCGGGGCAGACAUCGUGCGGGAUGUUGUGGCUGAGGUCAUGCCAAGCGAGGCUGACACGCACAAAUGGGAGGUGAGAACGGAGGGCGGGCGCGUGGUCCGUGGGCGCCGUGUUCUGGUGGCCGUGGGCGGGUCCUCUGCCCUGCGCCCGCUCUUCCGACACGUGUCCCCGGGGCGGCUGCCGGACCUGCAGCUGAGGACGCAGACCGUGGCCUUCCUGAAGGUCGCGGAGGAAGAAGCUCAUCGACUGAGGGACCUUCCCACUUUCUUCACCAAUCAGAGCUUUGAAGACAUGGACGGCGGGUACGUGCUUCCGCCUAUAAAAUACCCCGAUGGUAAUUGGUACCUGAAGAUGGGCCACAACCGCCGACAUGAGGACGACCUGAAUCCAAAUGAGGUGACGGAGUGGUACAUACACCGCAGGGGAAACAGCGAGUGUAUUCAGAAGUUGGGGAGGUUCAUGCAACACCUUAUGCCGGACGUGAAAAGCCAAGGGCUCUCUGGCGACGGCUGCCUCACCUCCCACACGCCCAACCAAGAGCCCUACAUCGACCUAAUAGCAGAGGGCUUCGGGGUCGCCCUCGGAGGGAACCGUUGGGCGGCGAAAUCCAGUGACGAGAUAGGACGUCUGGCAGCGCGGCUCGUGGUCCUCGGGGAGUGGUUGUCCGAGAUUCCGAAAGAGCGCGUUCGAGUCGUGUGGAAAGUUCAGUCGCAUUUGUGAUUCAAGGGCAGAGGGUUGUUGUAUUGGAUGGGUGGAUGGGAUGAGUGGAUGGAUGGAUGGAUGGAUAAGCUAUGGAUGCGGGUGAAUGGAUGGAAUUGUAAUCGACGUGUAAUCGGAAAGUAUUCAGCCUUUGGAUAUGAAAUAAAAGUAUUACCUGUUGA